UUGCAGGAAAAAUACGCGGAUGGUAUAUUAAAAAGAUUACAAGUUCGCGAGUCACAGUAAAUCGUGUCGCGCGUCGUAGCCACACCGCGCUGGACACACUGCUAGUUAAUAAAAAAAAUUUAUUAAAAAAAAACUGCGUUAUCCUGUCAAGAGUUGACAAGAUAACAGUCAAUAUGCCGUCAGUACUCCAAAUCUUAGCCACGCUGGUAUUCGCCGGUGCGACGGGCCAAAACCUAAACGUAGCCGAUAAGAUUGGCCGAGGUCUCGGCAAGGAGUUAGCUGCUGUUAAGCAACCUAUCGACGAAACCCUCACUUUUAUAGGAUCCAGCCAAUGUUCGAAUGUAAAAAAACUGAUCGGAGUUGAAUAUGAACAAGUCAAAGGGAUCAGAGAACCAGACCUAAAUCAAUUAACACUUAAUUUUCUCUCACAGUCAUUCCGUGUAACGUACAACAUCACAGCAGCAGCCGAGCUUGUGCCGCUGACCAGGGGCUACAAUCACAACCAGAACCUGAUCAUCUUCAUACACGGAUUCACUGACGAUCCUACAACGGCCACUGCGAAUACUAUUAGCAAUGCCUUCCUAAGUCAAGGAGAAUUCAACAUUCUGGCUCUAGACGGGAGCUCACUUAUCAAAUGGCUGUACCUUCGUUCGACAACUUACGUGCGCUUCAUGGGAGAAAAGCUCGGGGCGACUUUAGCUGCUAUGGUUAAAGGAGGCAUGAACCCUCGAGCUAUUCACCUAAUCGGCCACAGCCUCGGCUCCCACAUCGCAGGGUUCACCGGGAAAACCUUCACCGACCUUACGGGAAGGCGCGUCGGCAGGAUUUCAGGACUGGACCCGGCCGGCCCGUGCUUCAGCAACAUCGACCCCGAACUGCGGCUCAAGGCGACUGACGCUGACUUCGUGGACGUCAUACACACGGACGCCGGAGUAUACGGGCUCAGAGAUGCCGUAGGCCACGUGGACUUUUUCCCGAACAGCGGCUCCCAGCAACCGAACUGCUUGCUGCAGACGUGCAGCCACAGCCGAGCCUGGCUCUACUACGCAGAGUCCGUGGUCAACAAGGAAGCCUUCCUCGCAGUGCCUUGUAAGGACUGGGACGCCUUUAGGAAGAAUCAAUGUGGCGCCGAGAUAAGCAUUAUGGGCUACGGCACUCGGCCGAGCGCCCGCGGGGUAUACUUCCUGCGCACCGCCGAGGACUCCCCCUACGGGCUCUCCCGCCGCGGGACGGUCUAUGAGAACAACGAGGGCGUCAUCAGGACCAUCGGCUCCAAGAUCCUCGGGUGACCAGCGGGGUUGACCAACCAAUACAGCUCAUAUUCUCAUUAUGACAUUAUACACAAUAUUAAAUACACUAUAUUCAACACAUUAUCUAUAUAUUAAUACGUGAAGCAAAAACUUUGUAUCCCUUUUUACGAAAAUUGCGCGGACGGAGGAGAAUGAAAUUUUCCACACUUAUAGAGAAUAUAGAGAAGAAGUGCACAAUGCUAAUAUUUUUUUAAAUUUUGCAUAAAAUAUACAUUAAAUCAAUAAAGAAAACAUUACACACACUACAUACCAUGUAUUUGACGCACACACGCAUGCAUACUAUUUAUUGUCAAACUUUUGUUCUUGACGUCUGUGGUCAAAUUGAGAAUAGAUUAAAUAUUGUUUGUCUUUAUUAAUAUGUUUUUAUAGUGUAGCCUUGGCAAAAUUUGUGAUUAUAGAAGUAUAAAAUACAAACAUAAUAGUGUACAAACUUACAAUUCCAAUUAAUUAUAGUCGAAUUUCGACGAAUUUUAAUGUUAACUUUUCGAAGUUUUAGCCACUAACUGUUUUUAAUUUUGUAAACACUUAACUAUUAAUAGCCUUUUUUAUUUAAGAACAAGAGAAAGCAGAAGUUAAUGAUAAUUUAGAUUCAUAUGGAUAAAUUUUAAUUAAACAGAAUCAUAAAAGAUCAGUGGAAUAGGCCUACCGGGGAAACCGACUUAAAAAAAACGCGCUAAGUACAUUACCACUUUUGAAGUCGUUGUGGCCUAAAGGAUAAGACGUCCGGUGCAUUCAUAUGCAUAUAUUUAAGAACAAGCACACUCAUUAGUAUACAAAUUAUGAGAAAGAGAGAGAGAGAGAAGAAAGGGAGAGAGUAGGUGAGAGCGAGAUAGCGCACAUGAAUUAUAAUAUUAUUAUGAGGGAGCCAUUUAGUAACUAGUUUAAUGUCUCACACUGUUAUUUCUAAGACAGGAAUGAACAUUAAAAACAGAUCUUAAAACCUAAUAUAGUUAAUAAUUAAUAAAUUUAUAAAUCGUUAUGAUAUUUGAAGGCCGACUGCUUUGACAAAUAGCGCCAUUGACAUUUGAGAAUACUUCAAUAUGUCAACAAGUCUCAGCAAACAUUUGUCCAAUAAAACUUCAGAAAUAAAAACAAA